GGUCGCGGCGUGCCAGGCUCUGGGCGCUCGGCGGGGGCGUGCGCGCCACGCGCGUGCGGGGCAGGCUGGGCGCCAGGCGGCACCCUCCAGGCCCCAGCGUCUGUUUACCAACAAACUGGCCUCGCUCUGCAGCUAGGCAUUCCGACGCGCUGAAUAAGCGGCCGGCGCUGGCGAUCUGCUUCCCACUCCCUCGCAGAGCCCUGGCAGCGUGGGGCCAUGCAGAUCGGCGCGACGCGUAGUGCGCGAACACAGGUUCUGAGUCCCCGAAGCGUCUCUAGUUAGCGCGCAGCUCCCCUCAUCCCUUAGCCAUCCCGGGCCCAAUUUCCCUAGCACCUUGAACAUCGUUACCGAGACUUCCCGAUUCUACUGAUCCCCCCCAACCCCCGCCCCAGGAACUUGGAGUAGACGCAGGGAUGUCGGGUCCGGAGCUCUCACCUCUCUCGUUUCCCGGUGCACGCUGACACCGGGAGGGGGGGCGGGCCCAGCCUCCCUGAGGUCACCAUGCAAUAGCCAAUCCGGGGUGUCUAAGUGGGCGGGGGACCCCUGGGGUCCCGGGAACCGAACCCAGAGGAAAAGAUGGGGGAGGGGUAAAACCACGGGGUACCCCCAAAACCCUUUUCCCGGGUGCGAGCUCUCUGCCAGAAGAGACUCAGAGAGACACUUUUUCCUUGCUGGAGCUGGAGACUUUGAAGGGAGCUGGCAGAGAGAGUAGACCGCGUGCCGGCCAUGACUUAGGCCCUAUGGCCCGGUACCGGCCGCAAUGACCUCUUUACCCUGUCCCCUUCCUGACCGCGGUGCCUCCAACGUUGUCUUCCCGGACCUCGCCCCCGCCCCGUCGGUAGUGGCUGCUUAUCGGCUCGGACUAUCCUCCGGAACCGCAGCUUCCCCCGAUCUGUCCUACUCCCAGUCCUACGGCCACCUCCUGUCCUAUUCCUACCCUGGGCCUGCAACCCCAGGAGACUCCUACCUGCCCCGCCAGCAACAAUCGGCAGCGCCGUCUCAGCCCUUUCACCGGCCGCCGGCUGAUCAUCCGCAGGAACUCGAAGCAGAAUCAGAGAAGCUGGCACUGUCUCUGGAGUCCUUCCAGCAGCAGUCCCUGACCAGGAAGCUGCGCAAGCCUAGAACCAUCUACUCCAGCCUGCAGCUGCAAUACCUGAACCAGCGUUUCCAGCACACCCAGUACCUGGCCCUGCCCGAGAGAGCUCAGCUGGCGGCGCAGCUCGGACUCACCCAAACCCAGGUAAAGAUCUGGUUUCAGAACAGACGCUCCAAAUACAAGAAGCUUCUGAAACAGAGCUCUGGGGAGGCAGAAGAGGACUUCUCUGGGAGACCCCCCUCCCUUUCUCCCCACUCUCCAACCCUUCCAUUUAUCUGGAGUCUACCCAGGACAGGCACCCUGCCUACCAGUGGCUAUGACAACAGCCACUUUGGUGCCUGGUAUCAGCACCACUCCCCAGAUGUGCCUGUGCUGCCUCAGAUGAUGUGAGUCUGGAGGGAGACUGCUCAGGCUUCAGACCUCCUGUCAAGCCCAGGACCUGAGCACCUGCUCCCCUUCUGGGAGGAGAGGAAACCAGCUCCAGAUGGAGUUUUCUCAGAAGACAAGAAGCUGAAGGAGCAAAAGGAAAAGAAUGGAGUGGAAGCCUGGCUCUCCAAACCAGAGAGCUAGAUCAGGGGCUUUAGCCACAAUCUUGUCACUCCCUCUCCCUUCAAAUGACUGCAGCCCCAGCACAGCCUAGGAUCCAAACCAGGAAGAAAACAAAUAUUAUUCCUGGCCUACACUGUGGGGGCCCAGACAGCCCUUCCAUGAACAAAACCAGAAGUGGACACAGAGUCUCUGUUGUUGGCCACUGUAAAGUCUCUGACUUUCAUUUACUGAUUAUUGGUGGUGGCCCAGUGGUAGAGUGAGUGUUUAACAUGUAAAAAGGUCCCAGC